GGAAUAGCUGGAGGGAGGGAUGGCUGAAUAACGAGGAGAGAAACACCCACUCCGGACUGACCGACUUGUAUCCGGAGAGACGGAGAGAGAGAGAUAGAGAGAGAAGGAGGGAAAGACUGGAGAAGGGAGAGGAACCCACUGGGAGGCAGCAGUCUUUGGCAUUCAGAGGAUUUUUCUCCUUUGGGGACAGAACGAGGACGCUUUGAAUUGAUGACUGGAGAGGUCUAAGCUGCUGGUUGUGAGGAUGUUGUCAACUGGACAGAUUAGGUGGUGUUUAUGGGCUCCGCUGGUGCUGCUGGCCCUGGUUUCCCAUGUUCCCAGUAAGGCACAGAGUCAAGUUCCAACUCCGAGGAGGCUGCGCUUCAAAGUGCUGAGCUCGAGUAAACUCCUUGUUUCAUGGAAGGAGCCCAAAGGAGAUUUUGACAGCUAUCUAUUCCUCUACAACAGUAUACCAGGUGGUCAGCAGAGGGAAAUCAUAGUAUCUAAAUCUGAUACUAAGGUGUUGAUAACAGACUACAACCCCUCUAAGGACUACACUGUCAGUGUGAUUGCUGUCAGUGGCAGUGAACAGAGCAGACCUCUUCAAGGCAGACAUAAAGCUGAAAGAGGUGAGAGUGAUGGAGGAGACAAGACUGAGCCCCAUCGACUGACCGAUUCAGUUGUACCUCCUGAGGAUGCCAACGAGAUCUCUGGAGUGGAUCAGUUUGUGUGCCGCACUGAGGCCAUUGCAGACAUUGUGAUCCUGGUGGAUGGGUCCUGGAGUAUUGGUCGCCUCAACUUCCGGCUGGUCCGCAUGUUCUUGGAAAACCUUGUCAAUGCCUUUGAUGUCGGCAUCGAUAAGACGAGAAUAGGUCUGGCUCAAUACAGUGGUGAUCCAAGGAUAGAGUGGCAUCUAAAUACUUUCUCCACUAAAGAUACUGUCAUUGAUGCUGUCAAGAACUUACCCUACAAAGGAGGAAACACUCUCACAGGCCUUGCAUUGACUUAUAUCUUGGAGAACUGUUUCAGGCCUGAAUCAGGCUCGAGGGUUGGUAUACCCAAGAUUGGGAUCCUCAUUACGGAUGGAAAAUCCCAGGAUGAUGUCAUUCCACCUGCAGAGAGCCUGCGAAAUGCUGGUGUUGAGCUGUUUGCUAUCGGUGUGAAGAAUGCAGAUGAGAACGAGUUGCUCUCCAUCGCCUCAGAGCCGGCCAACACUCAUGUCUACAACGUGGCUGACUUCAACAUCAUGAGCUCAAUAGUGGAGGGAUUGACCAAAACAGUGUGUGAGCAAGUGGAGCAGCAAGACAAGGAGAUCAAGCUGAAACAUACACCAGAGACCGUGGGGGCACCGUUUGACCUGGUGACAUCAGAGGUGACAGCCCACAGCUUUCGGGUGUCAUGGAGCAACGCCCCCGGAAACGUAGAGAAAUACAGAGUCAUUUAUUACCCUUCGGCGGGAGGAGAACCACAGGAGGCUGUAGUGGACGGCAGUGAGACUUCAGUGGUGUUACAGCAUCUCAGCUCUCUCACAGAGUACCAGCUGGCUGUGUUUGCUGUGUAUGCAAACCAGGCAAGUGAAGCUCUGAGAGGAUCAGAAACAACCCUGGCCCUCCCCACAGUGACGGGCCUCCAGCUGUUAGAUGUAACUCACAGCACCAUGAAAGCAAGAUGGGACAGUGUGGAGGGAGUCGCUGGCUACAUGCUGCUGUAUGCACCACUUUCAGGUGGCGGGGAAUCGGAUGAGAAGGAGGUCAGGUUAUCAGAUGCAGUGACAGAGUUCGAGUUGGAUGGGUUGAGCCCUCACACUGAAUAUACCGUCACUGUUUAUGCCAUGUAUGGAGAGGAAGCAGGUGACCCUGUUACAAACCAGGAAACGACAUUGCCACUGAGCCCUCCCAGCAACCUGCAGUUCUCUGACAUCACUCACAACUCCGCCCACAUCAGCUGGGCCCCCGCGCCUAGAGGAGUUAUAGGCUACCGCAUCAUGUGGGUGAAGACAGAUGGAUUAGUCACGGAGGAGGUGGAGGUGGGCGAUGUGACCUCCUAUGACCUCAGUGAUUUGACGUCUCUGAAUGAGUACUCGGUGGCCAUCUUUGCCCUGUAUGACGUGGGCCAAUCAGAGCCACUCACAGAUGGAUUCACUACCACUCCAGUUCCCGGUCCUUUGAAUCUGCGCGCACACGACAUCACCGCCGACAGCUUCCAGGUCAACUGGGAUCACUCAGCCAGUGACAUCGUCCUCUACAGACUCUCAUGGGCACCAUUCUCAGGUGGCGACACGAAGGAGGUGGUCCUGAGUGGAAGUGAUAACAGAUACAUCCUGAUGGGUCUGAGUCCUUCUACUGAGUACGAAGUUAUGUUGACGGCCGUAUUCAAAGAUGAAUCGGAGAGCGACACCGUCUCUGUCAUAGAGACUACAUUGACGGAGACAACAACGAUUGCUACCACAACCAAAGUGGCACGCCAAGCUGUGAGGAACCUUCGGCUGAGUGACGAGACCACCCAGAGCUUUGAGGCAUCGUGGGAGCUAGACGACCCCCACGUGGAGAGCUACAGGGUCACCUACAGCGGCUUCAGUGGUGACCACGAAGAGGAAUCUGUGCUACUUCCUGGUGGUCAGAGGAGAGCAGUGCUUCAGCCUUUACUAUCAGACACCCAGUACAAAGUGACAGUCACUCCAGUGUACGCUGACGGCCAAGACGGCAUCAGUGCCUCUGCCCUGGGAACGACAUUGCCCCUCUUGUCUCCUGGAAACCUGCGCGUGUCAGAGGAGUGGUACAACCGCUUCAGGGUCACUUGGGAUCCACCUCAGUCUCCUACAGUGGGUUACAGGAUUGUCUACCAGCCCAUCUAUGUUCCAGGUCCAGCCCUGGACACAACAGCUGGUGAAGAUGUGAACUCCAUGCUCCUCCUGAAUCUACAAAGUGGGACGGAGUACAGUGUGCAAGUGACAGCCUCCUACCCUACAGGACAAAGUGAACCACUGCUAGUGAACGCCAAAACAUUGUUCCUCGGCGUCUCUGGCUUGUCAACCUACCAAGUUCGCCCCAACAGCAUGUGUGUCCAAUGGCAGCCUGUUCUUCAGGCCACAUUGUACAAGGUUUCCAUACAGUCGACACUCAACAGUCAGAAGCAGGAAGUGAGCCUGGGUGGCGGUGCUUCCCGACAGUGCUUCUAUGAUCUCACUCCCAGCAGCCAAUACCAGAUCAGUGUUCACACGCAGUUGCAGGAAAUGGAAGGACCUUCUGUCUCCGUCACUGACAUGACAAUGCCAGCACCAACUCAAGCCCCGACUGAACCCCCGACCACAGAGCCCCCUCCCACCAUCCCGCCUGCUAAAGAGGUGUGUAAGGAGGCUAAGGCUGACCUGACGUUCCUGGUAGACGGCUCUUGGUCCAUCGGAGAUGACAACUUCAUGAAGAUCACACGUUUUCUCUACAGCACCGUGGGAUCGCUGGAUCUGAUCGGACCAGACGGCACCCAGGUGGCCAUCGCUCAGUUCAGCGACGAUGCUCGGACUGAGUUCCAGCUGAGUUCCCAUGGCAACAAGGAAGCGCUGCUGGAAGCUAUUCAGAACAUCAGAUACAAAGGAGGAAACACCAAGACAGGUCGGGCUAUCAAACAUGUGAAGGAGUCUAUUUUCACCCAAGAGGCCGGAGCUAGACGGGGCAUUCCAAAGGUCCUGGUUGUUCUCACUGAUGGACGCUCACAAGAUGACGUCAACAAAGUGUCCAAGGAGAUGCAGAUGGAAGGCUACAUCAUCUUUGCCAUUGGCUUUGCUGACGCAGACUACGGGGAGCUGGUGAAUAUCGCCAGUAAGCCCAGCGACAGACACGUCUUCUUUGUGGAUGAUUUGGAUGCUGUGAAGAAAAUAGAAGAGCAGCUCAUUACUUUUGUCUGCGAGGCUGCCACUGCCACUUGUCCGUCUGUUUUAAUGAGUGGUAACACAAUGGCAGGUUUCCGUAUGAUGGAGAAAUUCGGCCUUGUGGAGAAGGAGUACAGCACCAUACCUGGAGUUUCUCUGGAGCCCGGUUCAUUCAACAGCUUCCCCUGUUACAGAUUACACCGCGAUGCCCUGGUGUCGCAGCCCACCAAGUACCUUCAUCCUGAAGGUUUACCCUCAGACUACACCAUUUCUAUGAUGCUCCGCCUACUUCCGGACACCCCCCAGGAGCCCUUUGCAUUGUGGGAAAUCCUCGACAAGGAUAACGAGCCAUUGGUGGGACUGAUCCUGGACAAUUCUGGAAAGACCCUCACUUUCUUCAACAAUGACUACAAAGGAGACUUCCAGACCACCACCUUUGAAGGAAAUGAAAUUAAAAAAAUCUUCCAUGGCAGCUUCCACAAGCUCCAUGUCACCAUCAGCAAGACGACUGUGAAGGUGGUGUUAGAUUGCUCUGUGGUUGGGGAGAAAUCCAUCAAUGCUGCAGGGAACAUUACCACCGAUGGAGUGGAGAUCCUCGGGAGGAUGGUUCGCUCCAGAGGCAGACGGGACAACUCUGCUCCCUUCCAGCUCCAGAUGUUUGACAUCAUCUGCAGCACAUCCUGGGCCAGCAGAGAUAAAUGCUGCGAGCUGCCAGCAUUGAGAGUUGAGGAGCAGUGCCCUUCCAUGCCUCACGCCUGUACCUGCUCCCAGGACAGCAAAGGACCUCCAGGACCUUCUGGACCCCCUGGUGGCCCAGGAAUAAGGGGAGCCAGAGGAGACAGAGGAGAGCCAGGAGUGACGGGACCUCAGGGGCCAGUGGGAGAGAUUGGCUCCCCUGGACCCUCAGGACCGCCUGGUCCUCAAGGACCCAGUGGGCUCUCUAUUCAAGGGCCCCCGGGUGCUGCUGGAGAAAAGGGAGAGAGAGGAGCGAUCGGACCAGCCGGACAAAUGGGUGUUCCUGGAAGCCCGGGUUCCCCUGGUAGAGACGGCCCCCCAGGAGCAAGGGGUCUGCCAGGUAAUGUUGGACCACUGGGGCAACAAGGACCUCCUGGACCAGUUGGAACCCCAGGAGCACCAGGAGCUCCAGGACCUGGCGGGUCAGCAGGGUCCCAAGGAGAACAAGGACUUCCCGGUCCUGCCGGUGCCAAAGGCGAUAAGGGAGAAAGAGGUGAUGUGCAAUCCCAAGCUGCUGUGCGCGCCAUCGCUCGGCAAGUGUGUGAACAGCUCAUCCAGAGCCACUUGUCUCGCUAUAACUCCAUCCUGAACCAGAUCCCAGUGCAGUCAUCGGCAUCAGUCCGAACAGUACCCGGACCUCCCGGAGAGCCAGGUAGGAGAGGACUCCCAGGACCUCCAGGAGAGCAAGGCCCAUCAGGCAGGCCAGGCUUCCCAGGAACAACUGGCCAAAGCGGGCGACCAGGAGAGAGAGGUCUGCCAGGAGAGAAGGGAGAGAGGGGGAGUCCAGGUGUUGGGAGUCAAGGACCUCGAGGACCACCCGGACCUCCAGGCCUGCCGGGUGAGGGACGGACAGGCAGCCAGGGCCCCCCUGGUCGGCCUGGUAACCCGGGAACACAGGGGAGAUCAGGUAAUCCAGGUAACUCCGGACCACCUGGCCCACCAGGAUACUGUGACCAGAACUCCUGUAUGGGGUACAACGUCGGAGUUCAACAGGACUAUGGGAAUGAAUACUGAGGAGCAUUCUCCAGCCGUCCUCCUCCUCUCCUGCUCUUCCUCCUCGACUCAACUCGCUCCACCCCUCCCUCUGUGUCCUGUACAUAAGACUAGAAACUGAGGAAACUGAUAAAUUAUUCCUUAAAGGCCUCCAUAUUUCUCGGAUGAAUAAUUACUCCUGCCCCUAGUGUUUAACCUCUAAUCCCUGCAGCAGUUGAUUUUAAAUUUUGUUUCUCCAGAGGCCGUCUUCUAACAAAUUACUCUUGCAACCAGCACUUCACUCGUUCAUGAUCUGAUUGGGGGAAAAAAAAAAAUCUAGCAGCCGAAAAUCUUUAUCUACACAUUUUAAGUUAAAAACAACUUGACUCCAUAAUAGAAGUGAUUUAAGGUAACGUUGUGCCCUCAGUUUGGUCUGGUGUAUAGUUUUAAAAACACACCAGAUUUUCGGUCUUCAUGCACAUGAUGCUCUGUUGAUUCCUUACGAGUUGAAACUGGACUAAUUUCAGUGAACUUUCUUGAUAGAAUUGAAUCGUAGAAUCUGGCUGUGUCAUCAUUUCACAGUCUGAAAGGCAAAAAUAGAUUAGCUUACCUUCCCAUGAGACCAAACAAAACCCUGCAACACUGCCGCGAUGAUCACCGCUACUGAUCCCAGUGCCAUCUGUCAACAAAUACUCGAAUACACAAUGCUUUCCUGCAUCAUCCUCCUCCGCUUCCAGCUUAAAUCUCUUCAAUGCUAAUCUCAUUUUUCCAAAGCUUGAUGAAUCAGCUAAAUGGUGAUGGGAUGCUUUGGUGCAUUUGGCUGCUUCCAUCGCUGAAAAAACAAAUAUCUGUACAUUUCAUACACCGUACACUGGGCAGAAAAUCUCAUCUUUUAACCCUAAUGUGAGUCAGAUGAUCUUUUUAUUUCAGAUCUGGGAAAUGGAUUGCUGCAGGAAUGAGUCCUAAAACCAGGAAAUAAGUUAGCAUUUUUACACUUCUGGUUCCCUCAUCUUAAAGUCACUGGAUUUUUACGGGUUUUCAGUUAGAUGCCUGAACUAGGUCUGUGGUCAGUACACGCGUUAGAGAAUUUGUUUUGCAUCUCAGAAUACGUCAGUAAAUGCACAACAAAGUAAGGUGUCGUUAAAAGCCGAUUACUGAUAAGUGGCUAAAAAGAUGACGGAGACACCCAACACGGAGAGUCAUCUACUCACUGGUCCAUCUUUAGAGCUGGACUUUAGUUGCAAACUCUUCUAACCCUAACUUUUCAACUUGUAGUAAAGUGUGUAAGUAGGAAAUUAGUGGUAGUGACGUUGAAGUCAUGCGACAGCAAUGUGUCUCAUUAGAACGUGAGCAUUUUACUUUACUGGCAAUUGCAUUGAUGAUCCAAUCAUCAUAAAAGUGGCAAGAUUAUCUUGCUGAACAAAUCUUGUAAGUAUCAUGAACUCGUUUUAGCCACAGACCUUUAUUUCAGCAAUAAUCCAAAAUCUACUUGAAAGAUCUUUUUGUUGUCUAGGGAACCGGGGUGAUGCUAACUUCCAGGUUAGCCUACAAAAAUAUAUCAUACCUGCAGCACUCUACACGGCUGUAGAAACCAGAUUUUUCUUCAAUUUUAUUAACCCACCGGAGGUCCACAUCUGCUUGUGCAACUCCUGUUUUACGUUUUUCACGACCCUUUAAUUCUGCGCUGCCUCCUUAUUGCUUUCAGUAGGUGGCAUUUUAGGUAGCUGUGUAACUUCGCUUCUCGCUGGUGGUGGUUUUAUGUUCGCUGCGGUGAUCCAGAAACAUUCACUCAAACUGACCCUGAAUAUUCCCAACACCCCAGUCCAACCCCUGCCUCAUGGCGGCUACCAGCCCUACAACCAGCCCUACAACCCUGCUGCAGUGGCUUACAACAACGACCAAGGAGGUGAAGACGAGGAGGAGGAGGAGGGAGAGGAAGAGCAGGACCCCUACUACCGUGGCUACCCCCCUCAGUACUAUCCCCAACAGCCCUCCCAGCUGGCCCACAGCUACCACGGUUACCGCUCGGGCCCCACCCACUCUGAGGACAUGGAGCUGAGGUCGCCAGGCGUCGCCAGGAGGUUUCCGCGUGACAUCGUCGUCGUCAUGGAGGAGAGUGAGGAGGGAGGACUUUAGAGGAAGGAUGGACUCACCUAAAGUGCUUGAGCCCUGCACGUCAAAACACACACACACGCACACACACUGAUACACACACAUGGAAACAAAUCAGACACUGACAUGCACACACACAAGCACACACACACACACACGCGCGCACACACACACACACACACACACACAUCGUCCCCAUCUGAAACUGUGGUGAGAGCCCCCCUCCCUGUGUAUCAGGUGGUUUACCCCACCAGGUGAAACAAUGUAAAUAGCCCUGUGGACUCUUGUACGAUAUCUCUGUAAAAGGGGGGUCCGAAUAGUGCCUGAUCUAUGUUAGCAUCGUCCAGUGGUAAUGUAAAGGUAAGACCUGUUUCUCUCAUCUCACAGCUGAUUUCAGGACUGAACCCUUGUUUUCGUGUGACGCUGCAUGUCUCCUUUGAGCCAAACAUUGAGUGUGUAACUGGACACGUGCAUCUUGUUUUAGUUGUGUGUAACUAACAAGAUUACCUUACAGUUCAAAUCGAGGACGAUGAGCCGGCAACAUUUGUACAGGCUGCUUUUUAUAAUGAUGAAUCACGAUUCCCCCGCCUUUCAGAGAGUAAAGGAAUAUUGAAAUGUUUCUGAGGAGAUUUUCUCCGUGCAGUGUUGUGUUUGCUUCUUUUUCCAGCUACUAUUUGAGCAGAUGGAUCAAAUUUCUGUUAAGCUGAAAUUUACCUUAACACUGUGCAACACAAUCAAAAUGUUUUACUUUUUAAAUGUAUUGUUUUUUUAUUCAGAGAAAAUCUGGCUGCCAUCACAUUUUUGUCCCAUGAUUUUUCAUUCUGUCGCUUUAAAGAUGGACCAGAGGCCUGAACUAUGAAGCAGGAUUUUGGGUCAGCAAGGUCAUUUAUGUUGCAUUCAGUUCAGUAUUUCUGACUUCCAAUCUAAAUGGGUCCCAGUGCGUUCAUCGGGAACAAAUGGACGCCCACAGCAAAUGGAUGCUGCUACAGCAGCUGAUUUCACAAAUUAGGGCACUUAAAAAAAAAAAACGACAGGAGACGUCUGCUCCUACUGAAUGGAAAGAUUUCUAUCAAGUAUAGAUCAGCUGAAUGGAAAUGAUUAUGUCAACCACAGUUUUUACUUCACGUUUCACUCCACAAACACGACACAAAGGAAAAAGUGAGGAAAAAUUAAUUGUUAACUGAGUCUGAGUCACUGGUGCUAGACAACUAACCUGCUCCGGAGCAGAAAAGGCGUAUAAAAGCACCGCCUUCUGACCAAUCAGUUCUCUGGAAACUUAAGUUAUCAUCAGUCUAAGUCUAACACUGUGGGGCUCUCAGCUGAAAAAAUAUAGCCAAGCGUGUCAUCUGCGCCAUAAAUAUACAACUAAGCACACAAUUCAUUCAAAGAAAUACAGAAAUUAUUAUAACAUUAUGAAUCUGUUAAUUUACAUGUUCACACAGCAGACAACAUUUUGUCAGCUGUGCUUCUCCAGCUGUAUUCGGCAGCUGCAGCUGUGUUGCUUUGAGCCUGGAUUAUGUUGUUAAACUUCUUCCUCUAUUUGUCUAAUAGUUUGCUCUUCUUUAAUAUUCCGCUCUGCUGCCAGUAGACUUGUCCGUGUUUGUGGUCGGUCAGAUGCUGCAAACACCUCCUCACUUAUGAAUGUGCUCAUGGCUAGAUGCUGAAAAAACCUGGGAUGACUUAUCCACCUUCAUAGCAUCAAUUAGCAUGACUACAGUUGCCAGAAGAUUUCCUGGUAUGUUGAACUUGCUUUGUAGUGCAGGCCUCUGGUGAGUUAAGAAGACAAAUCUGUUUUUUGUGUCUUACAUUGCUGCCCCAGUUUGUCUUAUUGUUCUUAUGCAAAGUCGGGGCUGCUCACUGUGCUUUGCUUGCUGGUUGACCUCUGACCUUCCUGGAAUGAGACCUGGAUCCAGUUAAUAUUCCAAACAGUCAGGUGCCUCUCGGUGAAACCAAUAAGGACUGAACCACACGAGAAAACUGAACCCCUCCUGCACUGCAGUCUGAAAAAACAAGCACUAAAGUAACUACGAGUUAAGCUGUGAGCUGGCCCUGGAGUAUUUGAGAGUUACACUUGAACAGUCAUAAUAAGGAAUGUGUCUCACCACUACGCCCCUUAGUUCAAUAUGAACUUAUUUAUUUUAUAUUUUGUUUGCUUUUAUAACCAAUAAAUCUGUAAUGAGACUAUAAAA